AUGUCUUCGAGGGUGUUGCGAAAAAUGGGCUUGCAGGACGAUCGUGACCUGCCACCUGUUAAAGACGAUGCGAGCGAUGAUACUGAAACCAGUUCUGGCGGUGUAAACAAAAAGCGCCACUUAAACAUGUACGAUUUGCUGAAUAAUGGUUCUAUGUCUGAGUCUGAAGUCAAAGAAGAUGAUGACCAUGAGACUACUGGUUCCGUAAACAAGAAAGAUGAAAAUAUGUCGUACGAUAAGGAAAACAUUAGAAGGAAAAAGAAGAAAAAGAGAAAGAAGUCUGGUAAAGUAUUGUCAUCACAUACUCGUAGCAGUGAAGAUAAUGUUGAGGACGAAGUGGAAAGAAGUGUUCGUGAAGUGAAUAAAAUAUUGGGUGAAGUACCUGACAAAGGUGAAGAUGAAGAUGAUGAAGCUACUUCUUCACAGAAUAUGCUGAACAACCAUGAUACUAUAUUUUUCAAAAAUAUUUUAUCUGUACAGCAUCGAAAUCUUAACCCAAAUAAUGAACUGCGCAAAAUGUUUGGACGUGUUGUUCAUCAAGCUGAGUUAAGCAAACGCAAGUUUAGGGGAAGAAAUCAUUUGAAAACCACUUGGUUGGUGACCCCUAAAGGCAAUUGGCCACCUCCCGGCAAAUCAGGUUCAACAAUGAAAUAUUUGGAAAGCAAAAAUGGUAUUAUGUAUUUUUCCUUUGAACAUAGUCCAGAAUACCAACAAGUUCAAAUGCAACUCUAUACAGCUGUGUCUCAUAUGUCAUCGGGAAAUCUGGUGAAUAUUAUCAAUAACCAUCCAUACCAUGUUGAUGUACUGUUACAAAUGACAGAAUGGGCACGACUUAGUGAAGACUUACCAGUUGCGGCUGAACUCACUGAACAGGCAUUGUACUCAUUGGAAAAUUCAUUCCAUCCCAUGUUUAGUUUGUCAAAUGGAAAAUGUCGUUUAGACUACCGUUUACAUGAAAAUAGAGCGUUGUUCCUGACUUUAUACAGACAUUUAACAUUUGUUGGACUUAGAGCUUGUUAUCGUACAGCUUUGGAAUUCUGUAAACUUCUUUUGUCCCUUUCCCCAAUGGAUGAUCCUCUUGCUGUAGUACUAUGUAUCGAUUUUUACGCUUUGCGUUCUUCCGAAUAUUCAUGGUUCAUUCAUUUUGUGAAUGCUUUUGAUUCCGCAAGAAAUCUAACACAGCUUCCUAAUAUCAAGUUUUCUCUUGCUGUUGCUAAAUGGCAGAAAGGUGACGUUGAAACUGCACAUACAUUGUUGCAAGAAGCAUUAAUGAUGUUUCCUGGAGUUCUAAUACCUUUGUUAGAAAAGUGUUCCAUCCAGGCUGAUAAACGAGUCAAUGCACAUUCUUUUUUCACAACUUAUGCUACUGAAACACAACCGAAAUCAUUGUCUUACUUAAUAUCCAUGUAUGUAACGAGGAGUUAUCAUAUAUGGAAAGAAGUUCAACUGUUACCAUGGCUUGAACGCAACGUGCAAAUUGUACUUGAUAAAGUAGACGCUAAGGACCCAGUAGUGAAAAACAUGGAAAAUUUACGAGCCACUUUAUACAGUGCCAAACCACCAUUGAAUAUACACAGGCAUUUGUUAUUGUCAGACAUGAGUGACACAAUCGCACCACCAGCUGAGGCUGUGACAAAUCCAAUUCUCAUUAUGGACCCGUUUCCGCCGCCAGACGGUACAUCAUUUUACAAUUCCAGAUCAUCUCAUGAUAGCAUCAGUAGGACGGCUGUGGAAAACCAUUCACUUUUCUCUACGUUCUUCCGGUCACUAAACCCUGUGUUUCAAGCCCUUUCGGAUGAAAGUAAUGUUGACGAAGAGUUAGCAGCUGAGGCCGAAGCUGUUGCAAGACCUGUAAUAACAAUGGUCGGUGAGCAAAUUGAAGAAAUGAGGAGUGAUUUACGUCAAAGUGUCAACUCUUUGUUGGACGCCAUGAGAGAUUUGCUGUCCAAUGUACACUCACCAAAUGUACCCGCCGAUGGCGAUAUAGAUGACGAUUCUGAGCUCACGGAUACAGCAUAA